AUGCUUUAUGCAGCUAAUUAUAACGCAUUAAUUAAGGAAAUCUAUGCUUUUUUAAUUCAAAACAUUAAAAUGAAUAAGUCUUUAACAACCUAAUAUGCUUAUAUCUCUUAAUAAGGGUUGAAAGUAGGCUUUGCAGUUUUAACAGAUCAAUCUAUAUCUUGGUAUUGUGAUUCUUUAAACAAUAAACCACUUUAGAGGUAAUUUAAAGUAUAUCGAGUAAAGUUCUUGCAUGUUUUAAUAAUUAUAUUGGCCUCCAAUAAAAUAAACUAUUCUAUAACAUUUUUCAAAAUUAGUAAAUAAAUAAAUACUAAUUUUUUUGUAAUUUUGAAAACGUACACUAACUAUUUAGCAUACAUUCAUACAUUUAAUUAAAUAUUAUUUAUUUUUAUUUAUUUAUCAAAGAUGUCAACAAAAAAAAUGAUUACAAUGAGCAAAGCUCUUAGAUAAAAUUAUAAAUAUCAAAAAUAUGAAUUUUUCUUUUUUUUCUAGGUAAAUUGA